AAGUGCUCCGCGUGCUCGUCGAUAGAACGUGCUGCUGCUGCGCGCGCUGCAGGCUCCGGCUUUUCCCGGGGAGUCCCUGACUCAAACCCGCCGGCGGGCUCGGGGCCGGACAGGGGAAAAGGCAGCAGGGGCUGCCAGGAGGUCUGGGUCGCUGGAAAACCUUUGCCGUUCUGUUCCAGACCAUAUUGCAGCUGGGAAAGGUUAUUUUGCUUUUCACAAUGGCUCUCUAUGCACUGGGGACAGGCAUCUCGCAGGGUUGUUAAGCAGCACCCCAUCAGCCUCCCAAAAAGAAAAUGUGGGGCAGAGGAAUGAUGCCCUGAGCUGGUGCCUUGAUGUGAGGAGAUGCCCACAGGAUGCCUUUCACAACGCCUGUGGGCAUGAGAAGACUCCCGCAGUGGCCGAGUGUCUGGUGGGCGUUUAGCAGCUGUGAUGUGGGAGUGUCAGGUGGUGAGGAGACCAUGUCCCCGGCCUGCUGAGGCUUGAGAUUGACUAGGUCUGGUGAAGGUGGCCUGGGAAGGAAGGACACACGUGGCAUCUUGGAAACUAGAAGUGGCGUCUGACGAGAUGAGGCUCCUCACCAGCCCAUUGCGCCGGAUGCUGUUGGGCCUCCUGAAUCUCUAUGAAGGAGAGGGAGGGAGUCCUGCCAAAUGCUGUGUCCUAAACCCUCACCGCCUGCUUCGGAAGCAGAAUUUCAGUGCUAAAAUGACAGCCACUGAGCUGGUCAGCUACUGGCGAGGUGUGUUUGAGGCAAACGGGAUCCCUGAAGCACAGGAAUCCAGCGAAUAUAUCGUUUCCUACGUCCUGGGAGCAAAGACAUUUCACAGCUUGGGUGCUGGCAGCCUCUCCACCCCGCUCACAUUGGAGCAGCAGCAGCAGAUCCAGAAGCUGAGUACGAAGCGGCUACAAAGGAUGCCUGUGCAGUACAUCCUUGGUGAGUGGGAUUUCUGGGAACUGACCCUCAAGAUGAGACCCCCAGUCUUCAUUCCUCGGCCUGAGACAGAGGAUCUUGUCUCCUUGGUGUUGGAAGAAGAAAUCCAGAGGAACGGGAGCCCUGCAGUUAAUGUGGGUCACCAGUGCCCCACUGUUGUCUCUCACCCGGUGAUCCUGGAAAUCGGCUGUGGCUCAGGGGCCAUUGCACUGAGUUUACUGAGCAAACUGCCCACGAGCCGGGUGAUAGCUGUGGAUAAAGAGGAAGCUGCUGUGAAUCUCACCAGAGAGAAUGCUCAGAGGUUGCAGCUACAGGACAGGAUAAGAAUUCUCCGCUACAAUGUCUCCUCCGGUUCCUGGGAGCAGCUCCUCCCCUGGGGUCCUGUGGACACUAUAGUCAGUAACCCACCUUAUGUCUUCCAUGGAGACAUGACUCACCUGGCUGAAGAGAUCCUCAGCUAUGAGGACCUUGGUGCCCUGGAUGGGGGAAAUGAUGGGAUGACAGUGAUCAAAAAAAUUCUGGCUCUGGCUCCUUGUAUCCUGAAGGAUCAUGGGAGUGUGUUUCUAGAAGUUGAUCCCAGACACCCAGAGAUGGUGGAGAACUGGCUGCAGAGUCACCCUGACCUGUCUCUUUCUGUCUCUGCCAUCCACAAGGAUUUCUUUGGCAAGCCGAGGUUCCUACACAUCCAAAAGCAUAAAGCAGACAGGAAGGGGAAAGCCUUGUAUCUGAAGACUUGAGGACUGGACACCCCAUCAUCUCAGGCAUUGGCACUCUUACAUCAAGAUUAUCUGGCUAUUUGGACUCUCUCCUCAGACUCUAUGCUACCAGCACUCCUAGCUAUCUUCGAGACACCACCGACUUUCUGAGGAAACUACAAUGCAUUGGUAAUCUUCCCAAAAACACCGUCCUGGCCACCAUGGAUGUAGAAGCUCUUUAUACCAAUAUUCCACAUGAGGAUGGACUACAAGCUGUAAAGAAUAGUAUCCCUGAUGAGGCCAUGGCACACCUGGUGGCUGAGCUUUGUGACUUUGUCCUCACCCACAACCAUUUCAGAUUUGGGGACAACUUAUACCUUCAAGUAAGUGGCACUGCUAUGGGUACCCGCAUGGCCCCAUAGUAUGCCAACAUUUUCAUGGCUGACUUAGAACAACGCUUCCUCAGCUCUCGUCCCCUACCGCCCCUCUUCUACUUGUGCUACAUUGAUGACAUCUUCAUCACAUGGACCCAUGGGAAGGAGGCCCUUGAAGAAUUCCACCUGGAUUUCAACAGUUUCAACCCCACCAUCAACCUCAGCCUGGACCAGUCCACACAAGAGAUCCACUUCCUGGACAUACAGUGCAAAUAAGUGAUGGUCACAUAAACACCAUCCUAUACCAGAAACCUACUGACUGCUAUACUUACCUGCAUGCUUCUUGCUUCCAUCCAGGACACAUCACACAAUCCAUUGUCUACAGCCAAGCCCUAAGAUACAACUUAAUUUGCUCCAGUCCCUCAGACAGAGACAAACACCUACAAGAUCUUUAUCAAGCAUCCUUAAAACUACAGUGCCCACCUGGGGAAGUGGGGAAACAGAUUGACAGAGCGAGACGGGUACCCAGAAAUCACCUGCUACAGGACAGGCCCCACAAGGAAAAUAACAGAACACCACUGGCCAUCACGUAAAGCCCCCAGCUAAAACCUCUCCAGCACAUUAUCAACAAUCUACAACCUAUCCUGGAAAAUGAUCCUCACUCUCACAGACCUUGGGAGACAGGCCAGUCCUCGCUUACAGACAAACCCGCAACCUGAAGCAAAUACUCACCAGCAACUACACACCACACCACAGAAACACUAACCCAGGAACCAAUUCCUGUAGCAAACCUCGUUGCCUACUGUGUCCCCAUAUCUACUCCAGCGACACCAUCAGAGGACCCAGCCACAUCAGCCACACCAUCAGAGGCUCAUUCACUUGCACAUCUACUAAUGUGAUAUAUGCCAUCGUGUGCCAGCAAUGCCCCUCUGCCAUGUACAUUGGCCAAACCGGACAGUCCCUAUGUAAAAUAAUAAAUGGACACACAUUGGACAUCAGGAAUGGUAACAUACAAAAGCCAGUGAGAGAACACUUCAAUCUUCCUGGACAUUCUAUAACAGACGUGAAAGUAGCUAUACUUGAAUAAAAAAACUUCAGAAACAGACUUAAAGAGAAACAGCAGAAAUAAAAUUAAUAUGCAAAUUUAACACCAUUAAUUUGGGCUUGAAUAGGGACUGGGAGUGGCUGGCUCAUUACACCUCCUCAUCUAUUGUUGGGAGUGGACUACAUCCACCCUGAUCGAAUUGGCCCUGUCAACACUGAUUCUCCAGUUGUGAGGUAACUCCCUUCUCUUCGUGUGUCAGUAUAUUUAUGUCUGCAUCUGUAAUUUUCACUCCAUGCAUCUGAAGAAGUGGGGUUUUUACCUACGAAAGCUUAUGCUCAAAUAAAUCUGUUUAGUCUUUAAGGUGC